AUGUCCAUUAUUUCAGCUUCAGUUUCUGAAUUAAAUACUGACACAAAGAAAAUAUUAAAAUUGUAUAUAUUCAAAGAUUCUUCAUUGAACCGGUAUACCGAAUCCUGUAAAGCUUGGCGGUCUUUCCAAUUUGAUAUAAUAUUUAGUACCUCCACAAUUUUCUCGAAUUUGCUUUCAAAUUGGUGCACAGAAUUUUUUCUUUUUAAUACUGUAUUUGUUUUAGAGGAUGCUUUUAAGAACGCAAUUACUUCCUUCAGUAUACCUACACAUGUGCUUUUGAGUUUUCUAAGUUUUUUUUUUCAAUAA